AUGGUUUUCGCCCUGAGCCCAACUCCGACUUCAACUGACACCAAGGCUAUGGUUCCCACCGCCGCCUACGUGCUAGGCGUGUGCGAACUGGACGAUAAUAACCGGCCAGCUUGCUGUCCCUCUGGAGCUGUUUGUACCGGCACGGCUCCGACGACAGUACCGACUGCUACGGCAGUUUCAUACGUCCCCAAUGCCUACUUUCCAUUCCCAUACAUAGCGACAUCGCUCGAUCGCGGCGAGUGUUCAUCGGCCCUCAGCCAAUGUUCCCGAAAUUACCAAAGUUGCGUCACUCAAUUAGACGGCAAUGCGGGCUUCGGCGUUACUGUGAUUGUUCCUGGCGGGGGUGGAACCACCGUCGCCGCAACCCGGCCGGACGUUGGAACAUCGGCAACACCUAUAUGUUCCAGUCUUAGCUCCCAAGCAUGCUACGGCUUGAACAAUGACCAGUGUGCUCAAUCAACCACGGUGAAUGGCGUCGUCAUCAACGCCGCAGCACGUCCGACAGCGGCAUGUGUGGCCAAACUCGCGGCGGGCUUAGGGAUCGCCGUGUUCGGUGCCAUGCGAUGA